GAGGGGCUCCAUUUUGCUGCAUUUAAAUUUAGUGCCAGGUCCCCAAAUCAGCCUAUGCGUGUAGGCAUACUUGAACACGUGUUAGCACGUGGGUACAUCUUUAUUCCUACUCCUAAUCACGUGACAUGCUCAUUAGCAAUGUCUGCAUCAAUGGUUUGGCAGCAAGUGCUUCUCUUUCUCUUCUUAAAUGUGGAAAGGACCCAGAGCUCCUACCUUAACUGUAGCAUAGACACAAUAUAUCCUCUUCGUUUCGUUGGAUUCUUUCCCUGUCUCAACCAAUGGGAUGAAGUAGGAGACUGUGAUAGGCUAACCCUCACUGCAGUGGAAAGAGCUAUAGCAGAAAUCAACCAAGACACCAACAUAUUGAGAUGUUUUGAAAUAAAACUAUUAGCUAUGAAAGACCCAGUACAGGAAACAACUAAGCUAAUUGAGUUUCUAUAUAAUGAGCACAAUGAUCAGCCUAUUCAUGGUGUUAUUGGACCUUAUCAUCCUGAAAGUGCUAAGAUGUUUGCUUAUAUUUUUGGACAUUAUCUGAGUACAUUACAGGUUUCUUAUUCAGUGACUAGUAUACUAGACAACAGAGAAAGAUAUCCUUAUUUUCACACUACAAUUCCAAAUGAUGAGUAUUUUAGUGAUGUUAUAAGUAAGCUACUGGAUUACUUUGAUUGGCAGAAAGUGGCCAUUUUAUCAACAAAUGAUGACAAAAGUGUAUUGACUUCAGGGCUGAUAUACAGAAAGCUUUCGAUGAAGAGCAAUAAUAGUCUAGCAACUCCAUUUGAUUCUUUUUCUGACUCGGCUGAAGACAUUCUCAGCGCUGCAAAGUUGGGGGACUUCAGAAUCUUUAUUGCUAUUGUGGAGUCUACAAAAGCAAGAGGUUUACUUUGUGAGGCUUAUCAAGCAGGCCUUACUACUGCUAAGCAUGUAUGGAUAUUGGGUGGUUUGACUGAUCCUAAUUGGUGGAGAGUAGAUGAUAAUGCUAAUGGUAGUACUAUACAUCAUGAUUGUACCAACGACCAGAUGAAGGAGGCUAUUAAUUCUAUGCUGUUUGUUGACAUUGCCUCUAAACUACCCUUCACUGAUGAAAAGUUUGACUUUCUUACUCAAGUCUUUAAUAAGACUAAUCUAACAGAGACUGAGUUUAAUUAUUCUCUCUUACAUUCAAAAGUAUUCAAUGCUUAUGAUGCUGCUAGAAUACUUGCUCUAACAUGGAAUGUGACCAUUAAUAAUUAUACCACAGAGGAAUUACAUAAUCUUCUUAAUCAAUCCUGGAAGAUUUCAAAUGAAGAGAGGCACAAUCUAGUAGAAACACUUCAAUACAAUUUAAUUAAUAAUAUCAGCCCAUACACUGGAUUAGCUGGGAAAUAUGAUUUUAAUGAUACACAAGGUAUUCUUGGAUCUGCUACCAUUACUCAGUUCAUAGGGAAUGGAGAGUGUGUAAUAGGAUACUACGAAUCAGCUAAUACCAGUCACAUACUACCACUACAACACUGUCAUGCUCGGUGUUGCUGUAACGCUACAUGGAAAGGGAAUGAAGAGUGUGUAAUAGGAUACUAUGAAUCAGCUAAUGCCAGUCACAUACUGCCACUACAACACUGUCAUGCUCGGUGUUGCUGUAACGCUACAUGGAAAGGUAACUACCUACCAUACGAUAGACACUGUAAGAAUGGAUCAUCUUGUACUUGCAGACGUACUCUUGAUGGAAAUAUAGUGUCUUCUUUUGUUGUGUAUUCAGUCGUUUUAAUAUUUGGUAUCAUAUUUAGUUUAAUAAUGCAAGCAGUUAAUUACAGAUGGAGAAACAAUAAAUAUUUUAAAGGCUCCUCUCCACCACUAAACGUUCUCAUUACAUUCGGUUGUACAGUCGGAUACAUCAAUGGAUUGCUAUUUCUUGCCAAUAAUUACAUGGGAAUGACUGGCAAAGGAAGAAUUACUCCAAUGUGCUAUGUAACUAUGAUAUCAUCCUGGUUCUCGUUGACGCUCAUAAGCUCAACUAUUUUAUUGAAAAAUUGGAGAAUAUUUAGGAUAUUUCACAAUCGCUCACAAAAAAUGAUGCGUCACUUAUCUAACACGAGUUUGUUCAUUAGGAUCAGUCUCCUUCAUAUUCCAGUUAUUAUCAUACUUAUUGUUGGAUUUGUACGAUUUCCUGUUGUAAAAAAUGAACUCAAAUUCCCUUAUCAAUGUCCUGGUUUUCCUGAGAAUGUGGAUACUUCAGUCAUAGAGGAUCAAUGUAUUGAGAAGAUUGGGGCUCGAGACGGUUGGAAUUUCUAUAUCAUAAUCUACCUCUUCUUCAUUUGGACAUCAAUCAUUGUCCUAGGCACCAUUAAUUGCCACAGCAUCUCAUCUCAUUUCAGCAAUGAAGGAGAGCUGGCCUAUGUCGUGGGAAUGAUGUCCAUUUUUAUAUUUAGCAUCUAUUAUUUUAUAUUGCCUGAUUUGCAUAAUGUACCCAAAAACUUAUCAAUUGUGAAUCAAAUGAACCACAGUUUUGGUGUCCCAUUUGUCUAUUAUACUGUUAUUCUGAGUGUUCUCUAUGGCUCAAAGGCAAUUUGGAUAUUAAGAGAUAAGAAGAGUCAACCAAAACUGCUCAGAGAAAAGACUGAUCUUGCAACAAAAUUUAACAACUUGCAUGAAGAAAUACUGGCAUUAAGAUAUCAAUUGGAAAAGGAUGAUAAAGAAUUUUUAAUAAGCAGAUCAAAAUCAAGUUCACCCAUAUAAGAGCUGGAUGACACAGUACUGUGUAUAAUAAAUUAUAUAUUAUUUUAUUAUUUUUAACACCAUCAUUUCUGUACAUUCUUGUACUUUUAAACCAUUUUUGUUUCAUAAAUCUUAUUUAAAUUGACAGAAA